CACUUUUACAUAUUGCUUCAGCUAAUUUAAAUUCUAAAUUUACACAUAAAGAAAAGGAUAUGAUGCGUAAAAGCAUUGUUUUUGAUAAAAGGACGCCUGAUGUAUUCUAUUGCCCAAUGCGAAAACCUACCUCAAUGAAUAAGCUGAUAGUCAAAUCCCGACCUUUACAUAAGCUGUGUGAAUACGAUGGCAAUGAUUUGCCAUCAGAUUAUAAAUCUGAUUGCUAUGACGACAUCGACGAAUCAACUUAUGCAUGCAAGGAAAAGCACAGAAUAAUGAAACGUUUCGCCAAAGACGAACCCCUCAUAUUGCAAUAAACACAAUAAAACCUUAACACAAAAUACACCACACUUAUUCCGCACUGCAGGUUGUGUGUCUUACACGACAGGACAUCUACACACUAAUGUAUUCGCUAAAUAACAAAUAAUACCUGAUAUAUUAUAAAGUUAACUGAAAUAAACGUUUUUGAUCAACUAUUGAUUCAUGAGGUUCCAGCGGAAGUAUACAAAUUUCAUGAACUCCAUGUUGGAUAGUAUAUAGUAGGAAUCUAUAUAGCCAAAUUAAAUCAAAUUGGUUAUGGAUAACGAAUCAUAAA